UGAGCCGCAGAGCACGCACCCCGCGAGUGCGCUUGCGCGGAGCCGUGGCCCCGCCGCUCCCGCCGGGGGCUCGUAGCUGAGCCGGGCCAUGGGGGAGGCCGAGGUGGGCGGCGGGGGCGCGGCGGGCGACAAGGGGCCGGGGGAGGCGGCCACCAGCCCCGCCGAGGAGACGGUGGUGUGGAGCCCCGAGGUGGAGGUGUGCCUCUUCCACGCCAUGCUGGGCCACAAGCCCGUCGGUGUGAACCGGCACUUCCACAUGAUCUGUAUCAGGGACAAGUUCAGCCAGAACAUCGGCAGGCAGGUGCCGUCCAAGGUCAUCUGGGACCACCUGAGCACCAUGUAUGACAUGCAGGCGCUGCACGAGUCUGAGAUUCUUCCAUUCCCGAAUCCAGAAAGGAACUUCGUCCUCCCGGAAGAAAUCAUUCAAGAAGUCCGCGAAGGAAAAGUGACCAUUGAAGAGGAAAUGAAGGAGGAAAUGAAGGAAGACAUGGACCCCCACAAUGGAGCCGAUGAUGACCGAAACCCGUCACUGGCUGCAGUCGGAAGUCUGUCCAUGUGCUUGGCUCACGUGAUCCAGGGUAGGUGCAGCUCUUGGCAGGUGUGGAGUGUGACGUGACUGACGAGGCCCUCAGAUGGAGAGCAAACGAGGCACAGCUGCGCCUCCUUCCCGCUGGAUGUCUGCGUGUGCCCGGGGCUGUGCCUGCUGUGCACAGCAGAAGUCCACCAAGUGAUGGAGAGGCCAGCCGGCGCACCGACAGGACAGUUUCCUGCCCACCCAGCAGCCUUCCCACCAUCUGGGAGCAGGAAGUCAGAACUCGCUGCAGCCCGUCCAGGACCCUGUGCUGAGAGGCCGCCCAGCAUCAGUUUGGAGGCUGGCCUGUGCCAGACCCAUUUCUUCAGGCCCUUGAAGACAUGGCUGGCACGCUGCCUCCCAGCAGGCCAACAGUGCUUGGUGCCGAGUGUCUUGUGCCAGAGUCUGCUGACUCUGAGCGGCUGCUCUCAGCAUCCACGCAGCAGAGCCUGCACUCCAAGGCGUGGGGGCCCAUGGGUGUGUCCGCACCUGCCGCCUGGAGCAGGGAUCUAGACAGAACCCAGGUGGUCGGAGGCUGCCCUUCGCCACACCCUCCUGCCACUGCCUUUUCCCUGUGAUGAAGUCUGCACAGCACACGCUGCGCUCACCCAGCUAUCCUUGCAGCAGAGCAGGCAACAACUCUUCAUGGGAAGAGAGCAGAGGUCUGCCUUCUAGAGAGUUCUAGCACACAUGCAGGGAGAUAGGCCCCUGCCCCUUGGCCUCCCUCACUGCCAGUGUCCAACCCCCUCAGUACCCACUCUGCCAGGUCCGGAGUUGUGAUGCACAGAAAAACCUGGGUGGCACUCGGCACGGGAGGGGCUCCCUUCACUGGGUUUCCUGGGAAACUCCCAUCUGGAACAGUGUCUUCAGGGACCUCAGAAUUUGCUGGAAAAGCCUAGUCAUUAAACCUGCCUUGUUUCAAUUAA